ACAUACUCAUGGCACUCACGCGGAGUAUUUCACGACCCUCAGUCUACAUACACUGUUUGUGUCCACAGUGGUCGGUGCUAUGGGUAUGGGCACUAUGGGCUAUGUGAGUAUCAGUGUAUCAGUAUCAGGCUGUAUAUUCGCUCUAGUUGUAUAAAGGACACAGCAAGUAUUAAUUCUCAAUGAAGAAAUAAAACGCCCAUUGCGAGAACGGUACGCAAGAACAUGGCACGCAGGAAAGGAGUGACUGAUAAGGCACCUCUGCUUUCCGAGAGCGAAGAAAUAGAUGGGUACAACGCUUACGCUGAUCUUGCGUGUCAGAUCAAAUGUCAAUUCACCACUACUCUUCUGCCUUCUGCAACUCAGAAGCGCAUGGAUGAAGGGGCGGAAGUUCUUUAUGACGUAGUGGGGGUAUUUGUAAUAGCCUUCGAUACCCAUGCCGGUAAUAUGGUUGAAUGGUGGACACCCGAAGAUUUGCCUGUUUCUGGCAUUGAAUUUAAAGCCAUGGCUAGUGGAGCACAUAGGGUUCAUACAGACUUCUCGUAUUUUAAAAGAGGCAAUUUGUAUGGCCUGUCUUGUUUUGAGAACAUGAAAGUUGACAAUGAAGAAGAGCGUGGUGCUCGAAUGAAGUCUGUUGGAGUCUUAGCAAAGAGUUAUGCCUUGCUCCACCUUUAUAUGCCUUUUCUACAGGAGCAGGUUAGACAUCUGCUUGAAAAACCUGGGUCCUACAAUGAGCUGUUGCAGUUUUACCUCAAAUGGAGAGGCCCACCAACACUGCAACCGGAACUUCAAAUUGAGAGACCAUACAAGACUAUCUGUGAUGGCAUGCAUUCCAUGGAGAUAACUCACCCAGCUGGCUGCUUCUCACAGUUCAUGAACUACUUUGGAGAGAAGAUAUUUCUUUUAUGGAAGUUCGCGUUGCUCCGAAAACGUGUCCUUUUCUUCUCACCACCUCCGAUUGGUGUUGUGUGCUACCGUGUAUAUUGCACAAGCACCUUGGUGGCUCACGUGUAUCCAGACAUGGAGACGUGCCUAUGUCCUCCUAACUUUUAUGUGAAUGUGACUGACAUAGAUGUCUUAGCAGGACAAACUGCAUAUGUUGCAUGCACCACAGAAAAAAUAUUCGAAUCUAAGCCAACACUUUUUGAUAUCUUUGUGGACCAGCAAAACCUGGAAACAAGUUCACCAGCUAACCGCAAGUUAAUGGAACUGAGUGUAGCUGAUAAGCUGAAGUACAGUCACCUCUUGGAAUUAAGGUCAAAAUGUCAGCCUUUAAUGGUGAACCAUGAUACAGAUGAGUCUUGGUUUACAGGAUUCUUUAUGGCACAAAACACACAGCUCUUCAAGGAACUUUUUGAGGUGUCCAAGUCAGCCGACAAACUCUGGACGGAAGAGCACAUGAAGAGGGUGGGUCUGGACCCCUCCGGGGACAGGCAGUUCCUCUCCGAACUAGUCGAGCGCUACGGCAUUGAUAUAGUCCUUAUCACAGACAGCGCCUGUUGUCCUGCAUGAUUGGAAUCAAGCGGAAAUGCAAGGAUAGAACAAUGCUCAGGGUUACAGGUAACAGGGGCCAAACUUUGCCUACUCUUAAAUUGUCCAGUCGUUGCAUAGUGCUUACUUCCUGACUCAGGCAGCGCAUGACAAAGGAGUAUACAAACAGGAAAUGUGUGAUGGAUAGAGUAGGCAUGAACAUCUCUGUUUAACCUGAGUUGAUUGGGUAAGAAACAAUGUGGAGCAUACUGCAUAAAGAUUGGGCAUGUAGUUUAUGUGGAAUGCACUUCAGCCUUUUCUUCUUCAUAAUAGUAACCACCACAAAACUGAUGCAAAAGUAUGUACCAAAUUUAUGUGUAAUUAGUAUGUGUAAAUAUAAAAGUCCCGUUGGUUUGAGCCACAACAUUAAUCAGUAUGAAACAUGUAAAGUAAAUGUGGUGUCUCACUUCAAUAUGCAUAAUUAGCAGGCAGACCCAAGCAGCACAAUGUACUGACGGUGCAGAUGGACGGGUAAAUCGAGGUUUUCUUCAUCGGCAGCUCAUAACGCACCUGCCAGCAAACCCCCAUGUACUUGGACUUAUUUAUUUACAUACUAUACUACUGUUGGCAGCCCAAGUACAGAGGGCAUCUCACUAUAAAGACAAAAAUUGAGUUAUAUUAUAAAGGAGGACAUUGUACCAGAUGAUAGUCUCCUAAUCGAGAUACUUCCCAUUCGUAUACUGUGCGGGGAAAGGAGUAGAAGAAACAAUUCCAUGUCGCAGGGAAGUCUAAGGGAUGGUUGAUAUGUAAAGUUCCGGUGGUAUUCUAGAAGAUUGUACCGAUUAUAAAUAGGGUCAGACUUUUUCGGCUUAAAUGCCUUUCUCAGAUUGGCUAAUACUAAAUAAAACAAACAGCAUGCUUCUGGACAGACUCAAUUGCAUUGAUGGUUGACUGCGUGGGGAAAGCGUCCCAUACAAUGUCCCGUAUACUCGGAUCGGGAGGAUAAAAAAUUUAUAGGCAGUUGGCUUUACAGCUAAAUUUGCAGAGCAUGAGUAACGUCAAAGCAACCCCGAGAACUUUGAGUACAUUGUGCUGCUUGGGGGGGGGGAAGUUAGCUCCUGCUGGCAUUCCUUUGGGGCAGAUGUGCAUCUGUGUGUUUAUUUCGUGGGGGACUACUUCCAGAACACUAUGCUGCAACCAACAAGAGAUGUUUGUAAUCAAAAUAAUGGGCUAAAAGGAAUUAAUAGAAAAACAAGUAAUUUGUCAGAAAUAUUUGUUAGUCAGCUCCUUGUUUGAAAUCGAACUCUGUUUGUAAUCCACGAUCCUUCCAAAAUUGUGUUUAUCAUGUUACUUAACUUCAGAAUGUAAAGUCUAUCAAAUGCAAGAAAGUUAUGCGAAACAUGAAUAAAGCAUCAUAAACAAACUGCAAUUGCUGGGUAAGCUAUGUCUCUUGGCGCAUAUGUACCUUUGUCAGCAAGAUUGCGGCAAUGACAACGUGGAGUAUGUGCUUUUCUGUGGGUCAAAGGUGAAAACAACACGUGAUGUGGUGUGACAUUGUGUGCACAGGUUGCCCAAAAUGUAAACAUAGCAUACACAGCAUUGUAUUAUACUGCAUUAAAUUGCCAAGAUGCAUGUAUUUGUUUCUUGACCCAAACAAAAGGGUUCGACCUUUCAAGGGCUCAUGUGCAUAAGCUAUUAAAGUCAAUUUCGGGACA